AGACCGGGACUUGCACCUCGAGCUCCUGCGUCUCCCUCUCCCUGCCCGGCUCCUCCUCCCGCGGCGCCGCCGAAGCCCAGCCCAGGCCGGGGCGGUGAGCCCGGCUAGCGCACCCCCCGCUGUCCCGCCGGACGCGCCGCGCCCCCUCCUCGGACCGGGUUCUGCUCCGGCGGCCUCCGCGCCUCAAGUCCGCCCCUGUCCCCGCCGGGCCCGGCGGGCGUCACGAUGAAGGCGGCCCGCUUCGUGAUGCGCAGCGCCGGCUCGCUGAGCGGCGCCGGCCUGGUCCCCCGAGAGGUGGAGCAUUUCUCGCGCUACAGCCCGUCCCCGCUGUCCAUGAAGCAGCUGCUGGACUUUGGUUCAGAAAAUGCAUGUGAAAGAACUUCUUUUGCAUUUUUGCGACAAGAAUUGCCUGUGAGGCUAGCCAAUAUCCUGAAAGAAAUUGAUAUCCUUCCAGAUCAGUUAGUAAAUACCUCUUCAGUGCAGCUGGUUAAAAGCUGGUAUAUCCAGAGCCUGAUGGAUUUGGUGGAAUUCCAUGAGAGAAGUCCAGAUGACCAGAAAGCCUUAUCAGAUUUUGUAGAUACACUCAUCAAAGUUCGAAAUAGACACCAUGAUGUAGUCCCUACGAUGGCACAAGGAAUCAUAGAAUAUAAAGAUGGUUAUAUGGUUGACCCAGUCACAAAUCAAAAUCUUCAGUAUUUUUUGGAUCGUUUUUACAUGAACCGUAUUUCUACACGGAUGCUGAUGAACCAGCACAUUCUUAUAUUUAGUGACUCACAGACAGGAAACCCAACCCACAUUGGAAGCAUUGAUCCAAACUGUGAUGUGGCAGCAGUGGUUCAAGAUGCCUUCGAGUGUUCAAGAAUGCUUUGUGACCAGUAUUAUUUAACAUCUCCAGAAUUAAAGCUCACACAAGUGAAUGGAAAAUCUCCAGGCCAACCAAUUCAUAUUGUGUAUGUUCCUUCUCACCUUCAUCAUAUGCUCUUUGAACUAUUCAAGAAUGCAAUGAGGGCAACAGUGGAACACCAGGAAAACAGGCCUUCCCUUACACCAAUUGAGGUGAUUGUUGUCUUGGGUAAAGAAGACCUUACGAUUAAGAUUUCAGACAGAGGAGGUGGUGUUCCCCUGAGGAUUAUUGACCGCCUGUUUAGUUACACAUAUUCCACAGCACCAACACCUGUCAUGGAUAAUUCCCGGAAUGCUCCUUUGGCUGGUUUUGGUUACGGCUUGCCAAUUUCUCGUCUCUAUGCCAAGUACUUUCAAGGAGAUCUGAAUCUCUACUCUUUGUCAGGAUAUGGAACAGAUGCUAUCAUCUACUUAAAGGCUUUAUCUUCUGAGUCUGUAGAAAAACUUCCAGUCUUUAACAAGUCAGCCUUCAAACAUUAUCAGAUGAGCUCUGAGGCUGACGAUUGGUGUAUCCCAAGCAAGGAACCAAAGAAUCUGGCAAAGGAAAAAGUGGCCCUGUGAAGAGGGACACUCAGGACACUUUACGGGAUCAAAGUGGGUCCACACCAGUGCUGCUUCCUGAAUGUUUGUGUGCAAACGCUUAUUUCCUCACAGAUAAAUGACAACAACAAAAAGUCCUUGAACAGAACAUUGAUCCAAUGAGGAAUGGUGCUCUUUUCUGUGACCCAGGCAGGGAGCGUGGUGCAGGACUACAGGCAUUAACAGAUGGCCAGCUCCUUAUUCUUUAGUGUGGAAUAACUCAUGAAUUUAUAUCAAAUCCUGAAAAAGAAAUAAGCCUUAGUUUUUCAUCCCUUUAUCAACAAGAAUGGGAAAGAAAGUGAAGGUAUAGGGUAGCAGUUUCAAUGGAGUGAUGUUUAGGCCUCAUGUUGACAUCGGAAGAUAUUGGUAUUUAUUGAAUAUCAAGUGUCCAUAUACCAGUAUUUUCCUGCCAUGCAAAAGAUUAGAGCUUAGUUUAUGCUGUGAUUAGAAAUGUAUGUAAAUGCACAAUUUUGUAUCUAUUUAUGUGCUCUAUGGAAGAAAGGCUGGUGACUAAAUAACAUUCGCUUUGAAUGAGAAGUGACUCAAAACAUUUUAUUCAAAGUUGCAGCCAUGGCAUUUGGCCUAAGUAAAAACUCAGAAAAAAGCUCCUUGAUAAUGCUGCAUUUUCUGUCCACAUUUUUCAUGAUAAGUGAACACAUUGCCAGGUGCCUAAGUCUUGGGUAAAUUUUUAAAUGUGCACAGUAGGAAGGGGUAUUCUACCCUGAAAUGAUGGUAAUCCAAAGGCAUCCAUUUUCUAGGCUUAAAAAGAUGUAUUUAUAAUAUACUUAAUUAUAUUAUGUACACUCCCUCAUUAAUAUGUCUCUAAAAAUAUUGUAAUUAUCAAAUGGCUGAAGAACAUUAGAAUUUAAAUACUUCUUGGAGAAUUGUUUAACAAAUAGCCUGGAAGUAAGAGGUUCUCAUGCCAGGAUACAUUCAUUUGUGAUUCAUUGAUAGAGAGAGCUAAUGAAUGAAAUACGGUACUUUGGGAAUGAAGGAAGGACAGGGACAGGCAACUUUCUAUUUUCCCCCCAAAUUAUUUCAGUAAAUGUUCUAUAUCUUCACAGAUAAAUUAUUGACAAGAGGAUAAAUUGGUGUCUUUCGAAGCAGUAUGGCUUCUUUGAAUGGCUCUCACAAGAUAAUAGCCUUUUAUGAGAAACUCAUCUGUGUCAAAUUAAUGUUUAAACUGGUAUAUAGAAAAAAAACUAGGAUUUUCUGCAUUGUAAAAUAAUCAUUACUGUUUAUAUGUUGAAUUUCACGUUUGUGUUUAAUUUUGUGAUGGCUUAGUGUUAUGGUGCUUCUGGUAGUGGCAAUAGAAGCCUGAACUCCUGUGGGUUUCAGAUUUUAUCAUCAGAAUUUAUGGACAGUGACUUUUCUUAAUGGUGGAACUUCAGUUCUUGCGUUUAUUGAUUAUAUGAAACUGUUUUGCAAUAGGUUAUUUGCCAUCACAGUUUUUUCACUGAAAUUCGACCUAAACAUUUUUGCAUGUAAAUACUUGUAUUUACCAAAGAUUUAAAGCAGUUGAUUAAUUAAUUUACUCAAACAUUGUGAGCUAUCUUUAAAACACUAGAGAAAAAGAAAUAUCAGUAUCUCAAUAACAUCAACAUGUACAUGGAGUUAUAUAAAAUAGAAAUAGUCUACACUGAUAUUUGUGAAAUCUAUGGAAGAUCUUUAGGAUUUUAGUUGAUGGAUACUGAAUGCUCAGGCCCACUUAAAUUAUUAGUGUAUAAAUUGUGUUUUUGUCUUUAUGUUAUGUACAGAGAAAUGUGAUAAUUUUUAUAAUAAAUGUUUUUUAUUAUAAUUGUG